ACAAAACUAUAGAAAUUAAUAAGUAAUUAUAUUAUUUGUGCAUUAUUUUCAAUUACAGCUUCAAAUAUUAUAAUUAUUUUGUAACGAUGUCAAUAUUAUAGUCUACUGAAUGUUUGACUGUUCAAUUGUUUAGUUAAAUUUGUGCAGAUAACCAAUGGCUGUUUCUCUAUCUGAUUCCAUUCUGGAAGUUAAAACCGAACCACCAGAAUUUCCUAUUGAAGACAUUAAAUAUGAAAUAAAAGAAGAGCCUGAAGAUGAUGAAACAUGUCUGGAGAGAUUCAUGAAUUCCGAUAUAACAAUGAAAGAUGAAGUCAAACAGGAAUCCUAUGAAGCAUCUCAUUAUGAAUGUACUAUAUGUAAUGAAUCAUUUAUAGGGCUGCGUGAUUUAGAACAGCAUAUGCUGGUACAUAGUCAUGAUUGCCCAUUUUGUUCAGAUACUUUUCCAGAUUCAAGCGCCUUAGAUAUACAUCUGAAAAUUCAUGCAGAUGAAAAGUCUUUUGUGUGCACAAUUUGCAAUAAAGCAUUUUCUGUAAAAUUUGAUUUUGAUCAACACGUUUGUAAUGGAGAGACAACUUUAAUGUUGAAUAAAUUACCUGGUAAUCAAAAACAAAGUAAAAGCACACAUAAAUGUAAAGUAUGUAACAAAGGUUUCAAAUAUCCAAGUUACUUGAAAAAGCAUAUGCCUAUUCACACUGGAGAACGUCCUUACGAAUGUGAAAUAUGCAAUAUGACAUUCAGACAAUUGGAUGCCUUAAGAGUACAUAAACACGUUCACAGUGAGGUUCGUCCUCACAAAUGUGAAAUAUGCAAUAAGGCAUUCACGCAAAUGGCUUACUUGAGAGCACAUAAACCCAUUCACAGUGGGGUUCGUCCUUAUAAAUGUGAAAUAUGCUCUAGCACAUUCACACUACCGGAUAGGUUAAAUAGACAUAUGCUCGCUCACAGUGGGGUUCGUCCUCACAAAUGUGAUAUAUGCUCUAAGACAUUCACACAAAUGGGUAGCUUGAGUGUACAUAAACGCAUUCACACUGGGGAACGACCUUACAAAUGUGAAAUAUGCGAUAAGGCAUUCACACAAAUGUCUUUCUUGAGAGCACAUGAAGUCAUUCACAGUGGGGUUCGUCCUUACAAAUGUGAAAUAUGCGAUAAGACAUUCACACAAAUGGGCAGCUUGUUUGCACAUAAACGCAUUCACACUGGGGAACGACCUCACAAAUGUGAAAUAUGUGAUAAGACAUUUGUUCACAUGAAUACUUUGAAGAAACAUGUGCUUAUUCACACUGGGGAACGGCCUUACAAAUGUGAAAUAUGCAAUAAGGCAUUCACACAAAUGGGUGCCCUGAAAAGACACAUAGUUACACACAACAAAAAGUAAUUAUAA